GAUAGUGUGAAUGUAAAGCGAUGUUUGAUUCCCGUCAGAAUUAUCAAUCAAAGCGCCCGUAGUCCGUGUCAGGCCGGUGCCGUUCGGAACCAUCUCAGAACUAAUCAUCGUCCGUGAUGGUCGUCGAACGUAAUAACUCUCCGCUCGGUGGUGGUAGCGAACUUGUAAUCAGUAUUGCGCGAAUUUGCAUCCCAGUUGGAUCAUCUUAUUGAAGCCAAACACGCGAAACCGGGGAAACCGUUGUAGAUAUCCCCGUUAAAUCACAAGCAGCAUGGUAACUAUAAAAAAUGACAUCGAGAGCAGUAGCGGAGCCUUUAUCCCGACCUCCAGCCACCAACCGGUGAAGGAUGUGAAUCUCAAACAGGAAGGAGCAAGGCAGUCCCGACGGCGGUCAUACCGUUGCGUAACGAUUGUUUCGGUAGUCGUCCUGGUCCUCAUGGGCUUCGGAAUUGGUGGUGUACUAUACUUUGGGAAAACCUUGAAACGAACUCCAACGCAAGUGAAAGACGGGAUGCCAAGUACUACAACGGUAGCAGUGCCGGAAGAACCGACUGUAUCGCCUCCGACUUUCACCGAUCCGUACGACGGGACGGAAACAUCCGUCGGUCCGACAGAUGAUGAUGAUGAGUUCGACAUUGAUGGACCGGUGGAUUCUUCCACGAGUAGUACGUCUUCAACCACUACAAUGACGUCAAGGUGGAAGUUGUGGAGCGAUGAGGGAAGCGGAUCCGAAGAUGACGAUUAUUACGACAGUGGUAGUGGCGACGGUUUGGUGAUCUGAGCGAAGCAUGCAGCGAGCAAUGAGAAUGUCACGUGUAGUGGAGGCAAAGCCGAACUUUUUGAGUGAUAAUGGUUUAUUACACAGGGAAAUGUUUUUAGUGUAAGGCGUUCAUGUGUAUUAGGAUUAGUGCUGUAUUUAUUAAAUGCGCCAUAGAUCUUCUAUGAGGAAGCCAAGUGAUUAAAAAAACUCUUCAAAACGGAAAUUUGCUUUGAAAUAAAGUGUUUGUAAGUGUAAUUGUUAAAAAAAA